CUCCUGUCCUUUCCCCUCAUUCUAUAUCAAGUCCAAGCCCACAAUUUCACUCUCACACUUCCCAAAAAUGGCUUCAUACGUCUUCCUACGCGCCUUUUUCUCAUCGUCUUAUGUUCUUUCCAACUUGCUAGGCCUUUUACAGUCAUCAUGUCGGAUUCUGGCGUCCCAUCUACCCUCAUCGACGGGCCUCAAACAGGGUUUUCAAUGAAUAAAAAUGGGGCUCGGACCAACCCCCAGGAGCAAGAGGCAGUUUACGAUAUAAUGCGAGCUACGGGAAACGAUUGGGCCACGGAUAUCCCAGACGUGUGCCGUGGGCGUUGGCAUGGCAUCGAGUGCAUGCCAGACAAAGAAAACGUCUACCACGUUGUCUCCUUGUCUUUCGGGGCAUUGUCCGAUGACACUGCUUUCCCUACCUGCGACCAGACAAAGUCAUAUAUUUCAGAGUCCAUUACCAAGCUACCUCGUAUUAGAACACUGUUUUUUUACCGUUGUUUCAGUUAUAAUCCUCAGCCAAUCCCAAAGUUUUUGGGCCAAUUGGGUUCCACGUUACAGACUUUAGUCCUCAGGGAAAAUGGGCAUGUUGGUCCAAUUCCAAGUGAAAUAGGCAAUCUUACUCGCUUAAGGGUUCUUGAUCUUCACAAAAACAAUCUCAAUGGUUCAAUUCCAGUUUCAUUAGACCAGAUCACUGGCCUAAGGUCGUUGGAUUUGAGUGGGAACAAAUUAACCGCUUCAAUUCCUGCUUUUAGCUUCCCAGUUUUGAAUGUUUUAGACCUAAGCCAAAAUCUUCUAAUGGGCUCAAUCCCAUCUAUCCUUGGAUCUUGCCAGUCUUUAGUUAAAAUUGAUUUUAGCCAUAAUCGUCUCACUGGCCCAAUACCUGAUUCAUUUGGUGGGCUGAAAGAGCUCAUGCUUAUGGAUUUGAGCUAUAAUCGCUUGUCCGGCCCAUUUCCAACAUCACUAAGAAGCUUAACUUCCCUCCAAGCAUUGAUUCUCAAAGGCAACCAAAUGGGAUCAACUGCCAUUCCUAGUGAUUACUUUGAUGGAAUGAAGGAUUUAAUGAUCCUAGUUUUAUCAAACAUGAAUUUACAAGGACCGAUCCCCGAUUCAUUAGGCUGGUUACCGAGCCUUCGGGUUGUUUACCUUGAUGGCAACCACUUCAAUGGUUCCAUUCCAAGCAACUUCAGGGACUUGAAGAAUGUUUGUGAACUAAGGCUGAAUGAUAAUCACUUAAGUGGCCCUGUUCCAUUUGGAAGAGAAAAGGUGUGGAAGAUGGGGAGAAAGCUGAGGCUUAACAACAAUCCAGGACUAUGUUAUAAUGCAAAUAGUGGUUUUGAAGAUGUUUUGGAUGAUGCAGGUAUUGGUUUAUGUGAUACACCUAAACCCGGUUCAGCAAAGACAGUGCAACAUUCAUCAAACAUAAAUGAAUACAUGACAAGAACAAUAUAUGUAUCAACUGGAGCAGUUCAUAAAACUUCAGUUUCUGUUCUGUUCUUUCACUUAACAACUUUAUUUUUGUUCGUUUUGAUGUUUCUGUAAGGGAAAACAAAGGCUUGUAAAUGGCAGUUUUGUACAUCUAUCUGUCUCAUAAAUGAAUCCAUUGUUGUUUACCUGAAGAAAUUACUCCUACCAGCUCUCCUUCGGCAAUUUACUGAUUGAGCUUUUUAACAAGCUUGUAGAGCAUUUAACAAAUCUCAACAACUAAAAAUCUGCCUC